UCUCAUCCGUCCUAGGCCCUAUUAAUCAAAACACCGCAUACCAUCAUGAUGGUAAUAAAUAGUGGGCGUCUAACACUCGGCUCACAUCUUGGUAUGUCACGUCCUGGAUGAUACACAAUCUUCGUGGGAUAUUGAUCAUCGAUGUGUGACUCGCUGAGCCUAGGCUCUUGUUCCACCAAGGCGACGGGCAACAGGGCUUGUAGCACCACUGCAAUCGCUCCGCUGUCGCGUUGUAUUUCAUGACAUGUCCCUUGGUACUCAUAACCGCCACGGGUCGCUAACAGUGCACAUACCUCCCGAGCUCGUACCAUCAAUUCUACAACAUCUUUCACCCACUCCUCCAUCUCUACUCCCCAGACCGAAAUUCAUAGAUAGGUCAUGGCAACAGUAUCGACACGAUCUUCGUGCAUUCAUUCAGUUUGCGUUGGUCUGUCGAACUUGGUGUACUUUCACCCGCGAAAUCAUGUUGCACACCCUCAUCGUCCCAUGGCGGGAUGAGAGUAUUCUCCAGCUGUGUUCAAUUCUGCGGAAAUUUGGCUCCCAUUCGCGCAUCAUGAUAAUCUUUACAAUGGACGCAGGCGAUUCAGCACGGCUAUUGAACCGCAAUAAUUUUUGCGCUGCCUUGGACGGUUGCUUCAGUUCGAUGCCGCAAAUUGCGAAAGUGGAAAUUUACGGCGCCAUGGACAAGAUAUUUGGUCAUUCAUUGCCAACUAAAGUUGGGCGCUUUGACUUCCUGUCGUUGCGCUCUCUUAAACUGGUGGGAAGUGUGGGGCGCAGUGGAAAAUCACUCAUUCAUGCUCUAGGGCGCGCUGCGCCGUUCCUGGAAACCUUGGAGAUAAUGUAUUUCGAGACAUGGCCAUUUGACCAUUCACUCCCUACCUCACUGGGAAAACUCCGCAGCCUCAUCUUGCAUUGCACCUACUUAUCAGUCCCAGGGGUCAUCGACCUUCUUCGUGGACCUGAUGAGGAUGCAAGCAGUGCGCAAGUCCUGCAGAAGCUUGUCAUCAUCCCAAGUCGCCUUCAAAGUAUCCCUCCACCAGAUAUCACGCCUCUGCUCACAUUCGACUCGACCGGCGAGCGUCUUCGAUUUUUAAUGAUACACAUGCUUGAUCCGUGCCGUUCACUGGAAUGUUGCCCUGCUCUCGAGACAUUCAUUUACGUAUCUCCGACGACUUCAAACAUAUUUCCGUUUUUACCUCGCACGCUUCGCCGGCUUGCCAUUUCAGCAAUGUUGCUGUCUCCUUCGGAUCGUUUUGUCGCAUAUAUCUCAUCCGAGAAUGCACGAAACCUGUUGCAUCUUGCCGUAGCUCUCAAGGAUGAUGCCGAUUUGGCGUUUGCGACUACGAGCGAGCCGUUCGUUAGUGUCACGGAGGCUUGCAAAGAUGCUGGAGUGUCGCUGACCUGGAUGGUUCCGGGUAUGUUAGGGCUGGGUCUUGAGGGGUGGGAUGAUGUCGCAGAGUUGUUCCAGACCGUCCAAUCCUUGCCAAGGGGUAGGCUCAAGAUUGUCUGAUGAUCUUAUGUGCAAUCUAUACCAGCUAUUUAUUGUCGAAUUAAAUUGGUACUAGUUGGUCUUUAUUUCUAUUCAAAAAGUUAUAAUGCUUCAACUCUAGCCGGUUUGUCGCUUGCGUUGAAUUUUCAAUAGGCAUAAUUUUU